AUACAUUCCGGUGACGUCUGAGGUCACGUGAUGUAAGGACUGCUAAUGUAAACAAACAAGCUUGUGCUGUUGUAGCUGUGUUGAAAAAUCGGAAACUUUGUUUAUUUUUAAUUAGUUAUGAAAUUUGCAUUUCAGUUUUAAGUAUUAUUUCAAACGUUAAUUAACUGUUCAUUCAUUUGUUUUUGAGUGUUGACAAUGCCUACUACAUGUUGUGCAUACGGUUGUUCAAAUAACAAUAUGAAAGACAGAUGUAAAGAAAAUAAGAUUUCCUUCCAUCUGUUUCCUAAGGAUGAAAAUCUGCGUAAAGAGUGGAUAGUAAGAAUAAAAAGGGAAAACUUCAAUCCAACCCCCACUACCAGAAUUUGCUCUGAACAUUUUGAAGAAGAAUGUUUCACAUACCAGCCAUUCACGAACAGGAGGUCAUUAAAGGCAGAUGCUGUGCCAACGAAAUUUAUUUUUAUUUCGACUAAAGGAACCACUCGUAAGCGAACUAGUUAUGUAUUUGGUGAACCAUCACAGGAAAGUUCAAGAGAAAAGAGAGCAAAUAUUCCUGUUUGCAUAAGGAAGACAGUAUCAUCACAAACUGACGAGUCUUUUUUGUUAAUUUUAAACGAAUUUUGUCAAAUGAGAGACCAAUUGGAUGCUGCACAAAAUAAUGUUUUAUUGAAUGUGUUUUCUUCAGCUAAUGAGAGGAUAAAAGUAAACAUGAAAUGCGUAACAGGUUUCUCUCAUGAGACGUUUAUGACAAUAUUCAACUUUUUAAAUUUAUCGGAAGAUUUGUUAAAGAAAGAUAGAAUGCCACCUAUUGAUCAAUUUUUCAUGUUUCUAGUGAAAAUUCGAACUGGAACCACAAAUGAAUUCCUAGGAAUAAUUUUUAAGAUAGCUUCUUCUACAGUUUCAAAGAUUUUCAAUUGUGUAACGAGAAUUGUUUCUACUAAGCUUAAAUGUGUGAAUAUAUGGCCAAAAAAGGCCCAAGUUAAAGAGUUCAUGCCUCUGCAAUUCUUACAUCAAUAUCCAAAUUGCCGAGUAAUCAUUGAUUGCACAGAGCUCGAAAUACAGAGGCCAUGCAAUCCUACAGAACAGCAACUAACUUUCAGCUACUACAAAAAUGCCAAUACGCUGAAAGCACUAGUCGGCAUCUCUCCUUCUGGAGCAGUCACCUUUAUUUCAGAUUUGUGGUGUGGUGCAAUAUCAGAUAAAGCUCUCUUUUUAAAAAGUCAGUUACUUGAUUUGCUCGAGGAAGGAGAUUUAGUAUUAGCUGAUAAAGGAUUUACAAUUAAUUCAGAAUUAUCUAAGAAAGGGUGUCAUUUAAAAAUACCGCACUUUUUGAAAGGAAACAUUCAGUUCACUCUUGAACAAAGAAGUGAAAAUAAAGCUAUUUCCAAUAAAAGAGUGCAUAUUGAACGGGCAAUAGGAAGAAUAAAAAUAUUCCGCUAUUUUGAGGGAGCUAUUCCAUAUAAUAGCCUACAUAAUUUAAAUGAGGUGUUUUUUAUUGUUGCAUUUUUAACGAAUUUUAAUAAACCUCUGAUAAAUGUUUUACCAUUAAAUUCUGAAAAAAAAAAAAAAAAAAGUUAGAUGGUUAAUGUAUUCCCAAAUAUGUGUACAUAUAUUUUACUUCAUACCAUUUGUUAAUGGAAAUAUUUUUUGUUUUAUAAA